AUGAUCCGAAUGGUGGACCGCGAAAUGGUGGGGGAAAGCAAGGUGGCGCUGAACAAUCCGCACAAGUGGCUGGUGAACAAGGAGUUGACCCACCGCCAGCUCAGGUCGUCGGUAUACCGGGAGAUGAUCAACCACCUAACGGUAGAGCCGGUAGACCCGACACUGAUCAACAAACUGAUGAUGGUGGAACGUGUCUUCAUGCACAUGCUGCCGCAGGAUCUGGUGUAUCCGGCGCUGAUCAAGGACCGGUUUUUCGAUCCGGACCGGGUGAUGAGCAACCAUCUACUGUCGGAUCCGCUAACCCGGACAAUGGUCGACCGCCUGAUGAUGACCUCGCUAGAACGGAUGAUGAUAAUCAAAUCGGUGAUGAGACCGGAGCUGGUGGGUGGCUUGAUGGCCUGCGUCCAGAGGGUAGAUACAGCGGAGCGCAUGAUGACCACCAACUUGAUGAUAGACCCGGUGGAUCGGGCGGUGAACAACACCCUGAUGGUGGAUCCCACAGACCUGGCGAUGUUCAACGAGCUGCUGGAGGACCCGAUAAACCGGGCGAAGGUCAAGGAAUUGUUCCGGUCCGGGAUGACCCCGAUGGCCCAAGAGAGC